CACUAUCUAUGUGUGUGUGUGUGUGUUAUUUAUUUUGUCUUAAUUAAUUUAUUAUUCUUAGAUUAAACAUGACUGGGCCCAAACGAACUUGGCAACAAGUCAAGAUCAAAUAUAAGAACAUCCUGCAGAAUGCUGUUAAAAAAAAAACCCACAAGCAAGGCACGGGUGGUGGGUCACCAUCAGCUGACCUCACCCCUGCAGAGGACAGAGCCCUGGAACUUAACAGAGGCAGGCCUGUGUUAGAGGGGAUCCCUGGGGGGACAGACUCAAAUAUAAAUCCCUCCCAGGAAGAUGCCUCCCUCUUCAUUAAAGUAUCUGGAAACACCAUCUCACUGUUGGAGCCUCCAACAGUGGCGUCACCAAUACCAGAGGAUGAUGAUCCAGGUGAAGGCACCAGUGGAGCAGCAGAUGAAGUCGAUGAGGAGACUGUGUCUCUUGAUUCAAGAAGGUUUGAGGACCCAGAUGCUCUACAGGAUGAAAGCCAGCCUUGCAACAUAAACUCACAAGCUAUCAGACAGCUGUAUGCCACACAUCUGAAACGGCAAAUACAACUGGCCGAUCUGGACAUUGAAUACAAAAGAAGACAGAUGGCAGACCUCUCCGUGGAGUCCGAAAUUAAAAGGAGGAAACUGAGGAAACUGAACCUUGAAAUAAAAAAACUUGAGCGGGAGGUGAGUUUCACCUUCAGUGUACACUGUAUGCUGACUGUAACACAGACAAUCUAUUAAUUAUUAUUCUCCUUUCCUCACCCAGCUUCAAGAAGAAGAAUCUUAAAUAAAAGAUCAAAAGACCUUCUGUGGUGUUUGCUUGUUUAAUUUGUGCACAGUUAGGUGGGAUUGCAGAU